GCUGGCCCACCGCCAUGGGGGCGUCCGCGCGGCUGCUGCGCGCCGUGAUCAUGGGGGCCCCCGGCUCGGGCAAGGGCACCGUGUCGUCCCGCAUCACCCAGCACUUCGAGCUCAAGCACCUCUCCAGCGGGGACCUGCUGCGACAGAACAUGCUGCAGGGCACAGAAAUUGGUGUGUUAGCCAAAACAUUCAUUGACCAAGGCAAGCUCAUCCCCGAUGAUGUCAUGACUCGCCUGGCCCUUCAUGAGCUGAAAAAUCUCACCCAAUAUAACUGGCUGUUGGAUGGUUUCCCAAGGACCCUUCCACAGGCAGAAGCCUUGGAUAAAGCUUAUCAAAUAGACACAGUGAUUAACCUGAAUGUGCCUUUUGAGGUGAUUAAGCAGCGCCUCACUGCCCGCUGGAUUCAUCCAGCCAGUGGCCGAGUCUACAACAUAGAAUUCAACCCUCCCAAAACUGUGGGCAUUGAUGAUCUGACGGGAGAGCCUCUGAUUCAACGGGAGGAUGAUAAACCAGAGACAGUGGUCAAGAGACUGAAAGCUUAUGAAGCCCUAACCGAGCCAGUCCUGGAGUAUUACCAGAAAAAAGGGGUAUUGGAAACAUUUUCUGGAACAGAAACGAAUAAGAUCUGGCCCUAUGUAUAUGCUUUCCUGCAAACGAAAGUUCCACAAACAAACCAGAAAGCCUCGGUUACUCCCUGAAGAGAAAGGGCUAACUAGGAAGAUAACCAGAACCUUCAUCUGCAUUUAACAGCUCCUUUGCCCAAGCCUCAGCAUCUUCUUUGAAAAUCAUGUUUUACUUCUUCUACUGAUCUUUAUUCUGGAUACUACUGUGGAUGUGCCAAAUGAGUCAAGUCUUGAAGUUGCCCUUCUGAAACCAUCUAGGUUUUAGCCAGUUAUCUAUUAAGGGUGUGCAAUGAAAAAAAUGUCAGAGAUGUUGACUUUUUAAAAAAAAUUAAAAGAAUUGUUAGUAAUCUUUCUGUUCUCUAAAAGAAGUGGUUGGUAAAAUUAUGAUGUUUUUUUUUUCUAGAAAUGUUUUUAAAAACUACAUGUCAUUUUGAGGGAAAAUAUCCCAUCAGUGGUUUUUAAAUGUAAAAAACAUGUUUUUCUAGUCCCAUGGGGUGGGGUCUUGUGAAACACUAUAUAAUAUCGCAGAGAAAAAUGCAACUGAACUUAUUAGAUAUGUUGCAGGACUGCUACCUUUCUAUUAAGAAACAAAAAAGCAAGCCACAUGUUAGACAUACUGUUUAUUCAGAAUUUUCAAUUUGCUAAAAAAAUCAAUUUAUAUAUAAGAAAACAUUAAUGUAGCAUAUUUUUUUUCUUGUGAAAAUGUGUAUCACAGGAUACAUCAGAAAUUGACAUUAUAAAUGUUUAAAUGAAAACCAACACGGAAUCACUUUUCAGUGGACAAUAUAAUAAGGUCUUAGAUUUUCAGUUGUUACUCAGGUUAAGAGAUACUUGUCAGGUUUUUUCUUUUUUCUUCCCUCAAACAUACAGUCUGCCUUGAGAAACAAGUUAUAGUAAAAA